CUUAAAUAAUCACAUAUAUGAGGUCAUAAACAUUCUCGGCAUGUCCUUCAAACUACUAUAAAAGCAACUUCGAACCCUCCAUCUUUCUCCAACAUCCCAAUUCACACAUACCAAAGAAAACAGUACUGUUUGUUUUUGAAACCUCUCCUCUAUAACCAAAAGUGAGAUUAACAAUGGCUUCAAGAACCACAAAAUCUUUAGCUCUUUUCUUGAUCCUCAACUUCCUUUUCUUCACAACAAUAUCCGCCUGCGGUAACUGCGGUUGCCCUUCUCCCAAGCCAAAACAUAAACCUAGCCCCUCUCCCAAGCCAAAACCUAACCCUAAACCCAAGCCAACACCACACCCUAGUCCUAGCCCGGCAAUAGCCAAAUGCCCUAGAGACGCCCUUAAGCUAGGAGUUUGCGCCAACGUACUCAACGGCCUACUAAACGUAACCCUUGGCAAGCCACCGGUCGAGCCAUGUUGCACCCUCAUCCAAGGACUCGCUGAUCUUGAGGCUGCAGCUUGUCUUUGCACUGCGCUCAAGGCUAACAUCCUCGGUAUCAACCUGAAUAUCCCACUCUCUCUCAGUCUUCUUCUCAAUGUUUGCAGCAAAAAAGUUCCUCGUGGCUUCCAAUGCUAAUCAAGAACCUAAUUAUACAACACACACUUCAUAUCAAUAUAAUCUUCUUGUUUGGACAGACAAGAUGAUUUCUACCAAAAAAAAAAAGAUUAUAUAUUAUUGUCUUUGUUAUCUUGUAUUUGUGUGUUCAUCUAGUUACUUAUGUAUGUGUGUAUGAUUGCUUCUAAACUUCACAGUUAUGUGUUUUUUUCUGUUCUCUUAUAUAGUUUCAUUGGGGUGUGUAUUUGUUGUUGUAUGAAUUAAUAAAUAAUAUCCUUAUAACAUCU